AUGGGAAUUAUAAAGACAUACUCAGAUGUGUUCCCAUCAUCAGGCGUAAAGAGCAAUCCAGUCACCUCUUUUUUACUCUUGAACUUCGGAGGGGCUGAUGUUGUGCCCAAACACAGUGUACGUUUCGACUGGCAACAUUUCCUCUCCGUGGCUGAUUUUUUUUUAUGCAGCUUGUUACGAUCCACCUUGGGUGUUGAAGCGGUGGAAUCGGUGUACACUACGAUCAUUGUGAAUCAGGAUGAAGAGUAUUGGGUUAGAGAAGUGUUUGAUGCAAAGAAGAUGCGCAAGAAUGUGAUGCAAUUUCCAGCAAAUGUGAUUGAUAGUUGCCUUCUCCGCCAAAUUUCAAACAUUGUUUUACUUGACUGUGAUAAGGGUGAACCAUACUACUGUGAGAUAAAGAAGAGGGAAGAGAAGAAGGAGACAUAUCUGUGUGGGGCGUGGUUUGAUUACGUAAGGAAAGCUGAUUUGAAGGUCGGUGACAAACUCCAUUUUGUCAUCCGAUACCCACCGGUGGAGGAAAUAUUGGUAUAUGUUGAGCGUAGGGCUGCAACCCCAUAGGGGCACCGAGGAGGAUCAUAGUUGCAAUG